AUGAGUGCAUGUCUGACACAACAGUUGUGGAUAUUAGAGAAAUUAUAUGCAAUGUUUGGGAUGGGAACAUUUAGGAGAGUAUGGAGAUGGCAUUGUCUCACAACUGAAUCACCACCACCAGCUGCCAGCUGGGGUGUUUCUGCUGUUCCACCAAAGAUCCCAAGAGUUGGAAUUGAGGUUUUGAUUGGUGCAGCACAGGCCCAGGUUGUAGUUGGACAACAAUUUGUUGUUCCUUCUUACUCAAAGGUCUCUUUGCUUCCCCAACCAAUAAACCAAGACAGCGAUGAGGAACUUGAGUAUGCUGACAGUAGCAGUGGUGCUGUAGAAAGUCAAUCAAUCAAUGACUCAGUGGAUGUUGCUAAUGGGGAGCCGACACCCAAUUCAUCUGACACACCUGAGGUUGGGAUUUCAGGAGCUGGUUAUAUUUGGUCACUUUGUGAGGGAGGCCAUGAAGAAGAAUGGAGGCAUUCAAUUGCGCCAAUUCCUGCUGAUAAACUUUCAGAGUUGGCACAUGCUACUCAAGAUGAACUAGAUUUAGCUAUUCAAGAUGGCAGUAUUCUUCCACCUUCGGGGGAGCUAGUACAUGAUUCUGAUGGUACUAUUUCUGAAAAUGAUGAUAAUGAAGAUUCUAAAGACGAUAAUGCCUACUUUGAGAAAGAGGUUGAAGCCACUUUUCUUAGGGCUGUUCAUGAAGGAGUUGAACAGAAUCAUGUUAUCCUAGAAGUGAAUUCGCUUCGGCUGUCAUACAAUUUGUCAUCCACUCAUUGUGCGGGGGCAAUAUUUUACUCCGUGAUGAAGUUGGCUGUAGAAACUCCUCAUGCCAGCAAUAGUGAAUUAUUUAAAAAUGCUGCAAGUGCAAUUACCAAAUGGCAUUGUCUUUUGACGUAUUAUCUGCAGAGCAUAGAUGAGGAGAUUGAAAUAAUAAUGAAAUUUGAAGAGAUGUGCAUGGAAUAUGUGAAAGAGUUCUCUCCAUUAUUUGCACAGAUAUUGCAUUUCCUCUAUGAGAAAAACAUUUUACAAGAAGAAGCUAUUCUUUCGUGGGCAUCUGAGAAAGAAGGGGCCGACGAGUCCGAUAAAGUUUUUGUUAAGCAGUCAGAAGCAUUCAUUCAGUGGCUGAAAGAGGCGCCUGAAGAAGACGAAGACGAAGAGGACGACUGAAAGAAUAUAACCAAUGGAGGUUGAGACUUGCCUAGAAGUCAUUAGACAGUGGUGCUUAAUUUCGCAGCAGCAAAAGCUUUUGCAAAAUCUCGUGCCAACAUCUGAUCUGACUUGCCCCUUCUCACUUACAUGGCGCCAUCAGCAUUGAUCAACAUGUAUACACAAACAGCCAGAGUAACAUAUUUUGUCAUUAUGGGACCAGUGAUCUAGAACACACAAAGAUUGCUGACUGCAAAUAAAUGUAUCAGCUGUUUAAAGCUCAAUGUAAAAGUGUCCCAAAAUUUCUUUGGAACAUAAACGUCUCAUUCUGAUAUAUGGAUUUAGUGCUUCAACACUUGUAGGCUAGCAUUCAAGUUUGCCAUUGGGUGUUCACAGUUAUUGCUGGCUAUUUGUAUUUUGGAGAGGUGAUCCCCUGGGUUUUUGUAUUUUUAUCCUUGGGAACCCACUCGAUGGCUCUUCAAACGAUGGAAUCAUCUUUGAAAGGGAAAUGAUCAAUUUUAAUGAACUGAUAUAUCAAGAAACUAUACAUUCGCCUUAA